CUUUGACGUUUGACAGAAUAUUUUACGGUUUCAAUUUUUCAAAUCCAAAUAAACAACAUUUUUGGAUAUUGUUUUUUUUACAUCUAUUAAAAUGAAAACUACAAUAUAGAUUGCAGGAUGUCUCUCAAAAUUGCUGGAGAUGUAGAUCCAAUAAAAAAUGAAAGGACCGGAAACGUUCGAGAAGUAGGAUCACAAGCAAUUUGGAGCCUGUCUUCAUGUAAACCAGGAUUUGGUGUAGAUCAACUAAGGGAUGAUAGAGCAGACACUUACUGGCAGUCUGAUGGACAGCUCCCACACCUAGUUAAUAUUCAGUUCCAGAAGAAAACUACUAUCAGUGAUAUUUACAUCUACACAGAUUACAAACUUGAUGAGAGCUACACUCCUAGUAGAAUAUCAAUUAGGGUAGGAACACACUUCAAUGAUAUACAAGAAAUAGAAGUUAUCAUGUUGACAGAACCAUCAGGAUGGGUUCACAUACCAAUUAAGGACAUAAGUGACAAACCAAUUAGGGUGUUCAUGAUACAGAUAGCUGUUACUAGUAAUCACCAAAAUGGAAGGGAUACUCACAUGAGACAAAUUAAAAUCCACAGUCCCAUUGAGAACCCAGGAAUACCUAUGGAGAAUUUCCUCAACUUCUCCACAGUCGAAUUUCAACAAUAUGCUACUAUCAGAUGAACCAAAGUGUUAGUUAUUUUUUAAUUUUAAUGCCAAUAAUUAUAAUUUUUAGUUUAUUUACUAGUUUUAAAUGAUAUCCUUCCUUUACUCAAUAUUUACUUGAGAUGAAUACACUGGAGAAGUAAUUGAACUGGGAGAAGACUUGAAUUUUUACCAUCUAAUGAUUGUAGGUAAAGAAAAAUUAUAAAAAAAAACAGUUGAUAAUAAAUUAUAUGUAUUCUUGAUAUUACUCUAAGUCUAAACAGUCAUUACAUUCACCAAGGUCCUAAGAUCCACAAAUAAUCACAAUUUUUGAUGCUUCCUGAUCAAUAUCUGUAUUUAGUAGAAUAAUCUUUAGGUGAUACUACUAAACCUCGCCCUUUUCUUGCACCUCUGUACACAGUUUCCACAAUAUCAAUCAUCUCUUGCUUGUCCUCCAGUGGCCAGUUAAUCUUGUUAUUAUUACCUGUACCCAAAUCAAUCAUAAUAUGCUUGUUCCUGAAGAAGAACAUCACUGUACAUGGAUCAUAC